GACCCCUCCCUAGAAGACCCCCUCCCCUCCUCCAAUCCUCUGCGGUCUCACAACUCGACAGGGGACCUGAAACGUCUGGACACCUCUCCUCUCUCCGUCUCUCCUUCCUUCUCAUCCCUGUCUCUGUCCUCCCGGGACACACUGUCCCAGUCGCAUGGCUUCAGGCGGAGAGCCAGCACCUUCAGCCACUCCCCUUCCUACCACGAUCACGCCCCUUCCUACCCUGACCAAACCCCCUCAUAUACACACACACCCCAGGUACCCAGCGGCUCCACCAAGCCCAAACUGGUCCGGCACUACUCUGUCAGCACCGACACUCCGCACCAGAGCAAACGACUCCAGGCGGACCCUACUCUUCCUCUCCUGUCCUUCCCCUCUCCUCUUCUCUCUCAUCGACCCUCAUCCCCCUCUCUCGGGGGUCGCCUGGCCAAACGAAGUCCUCUGGGAGGUCUGCGCGCUCGUCUCCGCUCCUCCUCCUCUGUUCCCAACUUCCUCAAACUUCUCGCUCCUGUCCACGAGAGCCACACCUGUGACUUAGACAAGAGGAGUGACGUAGCAGCCCUGUCCAGUCCGGUAGCAGUGUGUGUGGUAGGAGACAGUCCUCUACGGAGACACUCCUGGAGACAACAGAUCUUCCUUCGUGUCGCUACCCCUCAGAAAAACACUGACAGCAAUG